AUGAUAUUUUACGCGCCUAAAAAAACGUCCAUCUCUCCCCCACCCAUCCCCCCCUUUCUUUCCCCCAUCAGGUCCCUCCAGUACUGCUCCCUCUCCGGCUCCCUCCCUCCCUCCCUCACCCUCCUCCCGCUCCUCUCCUCCCUCCACCUCUCCCACAACCUCCUUUCCGGCCCUCUUCCGCCCCUCCUCUCCUCCCUCUCCGCCCUCACCACCCUCCACCUCGCACACAACCUCUUCUCGGGUGUAAUCCCAGACCCAAUCUGUGACAUGCCGAGGGUUGCUGACCUGGAUCUCUCGGCCAAUCAGCUGCAAGGAACCAUUCCUCCCUGUCUCGUCGAAAUGCCGACGCUUCAGAUUCUGUCAGUUGCAUUCAACAACCUGUCAGGGCCUGUUCCUGAAUUACCCGACGGCAGCGAGCUACAGUUCAUCUACGACCACAACUGUCUGGACAACGCACCUGACCAGGCAUGCGCUGCAGGCCUCCAUGCCUCCCCUUAUGUGCCUCCUACCUCUGCUCCCAGCAGCAACAGUAGCAACAGCAGCAGCAGCGACUCCAGCAGCAGCACAUCGUCCAUACCACCACUGGCGUACGUCCUGCUAGCACUGCUCAUCGUCACAGUCAUCUGUGUUGUGCUCUUCGGUCUCUUCGGCACCGUCCAUCACAUUAAAGUCAAAGCCAGCAAGAAGAAACAGAUGACCCAUUUGCCCGAGUUCUCAGUGUCACGCCUCCGUGCCGCAACCAGGGGCUUUUCCACGGAGCACGGUAGAGGGAGCUUCGGGACUGCUUAUAUCGCGUACGACCUCUUUCCAGAGGCCACCGGAGGAGCGGAGGGAGGGAGGGGGCAUGGCGGUGCAUCACAUGGGCAUGGGCAUGGGCAUGGGCAUGGGUACAUGCAAGCUAACUCUCAUGCCAUGCCGCCUGCUAUCCCCAAUCCGGAGAGGCAUGGGCUCCUGAAACGAGCUCGCGACCCGGACAGCUUCUCGGAAUCUGCCUUCUGUCAGAAGGUGGCACUGCUGGCAGCAGCGAGCAACAGCCAUCCGUGCAUGGUGCACGUGAGGGGGUUCUGUGCGAAUGGCGGGGAGAGGAUGGUGGUUCUCGAGCUGGUCACAGGGGGCACGCUACGCCAACGCAUGAUUCGAGGUGACCUGGACGCGCUGACGUGGCAGGAGAGGGUGCAAGUAGCAGUGGACGUGGCGGCUGCGUUGUAUCACCUUCACUAUAAUCACACGCCGCCCUUUGUGCACCGCGCUGUGACGUCAUCCAAUGUGCUUCUAACAGAAGACAUGACUGCGAAGCUGUCGGACCUAGGUUUGGCCCGAGGCAGCUCCGAUGCUUCGGGGUUUCGUCCGUUGCAGUCUUCCCUUGGUGUGGCGACGACUGCAGACGUGCUGGCUUAUGGGGUGCUGCUUCUGGAGCUUAUAACGGGGCAGAUUGCAGACGGGACAACACAGAUUGUUGCUACAUCGGCACCAUUCCUGGACGAUCCACAGAUGAUGCCUCUGAUGGCAGACGCUCAGCUGGGAGGGCACUUUGACCGGCCACAGCUGGAGGUUCUGGCAUCACUGGCACGCGCAUGUGUACUGGACGACGCUGCCGCCCGGCCCACGAUGCAUGAGAUACGGCAGGCCUAUGAGCAGCACCUUCAGGUGGAUCCUCAGGUGUUUGAGCCCCUGGACGUGGAACCUCAGGCAUUCCAAUAUUCUACUAGCAAUUGGGCAUCCAGAAUAGUCGCCUCCAUGAGUGCUGCUGCUGCCUCUCCUGCUGGGGGUGCUUAUAACGAAGGGCAGGCUAAGCAGGGGGAUGCAGACAGCAGCGUUCUUCUAGAGAGCGGCUUUUCUGCCCCGGCUCCUAAGGGGGGAGGCAAGGCCAAGGGAAAGCAACGACAAGGGGUAAGAGGGAAAGGAGGUGGGAGAGGAAUGGGCGGGGAGGUAGGGGGAGUAGGGUCUUCUGUAGCAGGAGUAGCAGGAGUGGGAGGAGCAGCGGCGGGGGCAUGGGCGGCGGUGGGGGAUGUGGUAGAGAGUGUGUCAAGAGGAGUGUGUGUGGGGGUGCCUGGGAGUGUGAGUGAGGUGAGGGAUGCUGAGGCUGCUUCCCUGCUUAUAUCGAGACCAACAAUGGAAAAUGGUGGCGGAUAUUGA